AUGAUGGGACUGCCAAUAGUGCCUGCAGCACGCCUAACCUUUUUCGCGUACGUCAUCUUGCUCCACGCCUGGGUGCUUUUCAUCCUCCAGCAGAUGGCGCUGCAUCCCUCUGCCUCCCUGGAGCAUCCUGAGCGCCCGGAGCGUCCUGAGCGGUGA